GGGCUCCACCACUCACGGAGGGGAGUGUGUGUGUGCCUCUGUGUGGAGGAUGGCGAGGAGGAUGCAGAUAGACUGUGGCUUUUAGCCUUUUACUAGCAUUGACGCUCCAGUCAGGCCACCACCAUCGUGGAAGAGAAAGAGAAAGACAGACCACGCUAUCAAGUUAGCUGGCUAACCUCAGACCUUCAGCCCACUGCGUGAGGACCACAAGCCCAGCCCUCCACGCCGGCCCGCUUCCACCACCCAGGCUCUAUUAGGUGGGCCCCCUUUCAUCUCCAGCCCUGGUCAGUGGAGAUUGACUGCAGCGCAGGAUCCUCACUGUUCUGGCUUCCCUGUCAUGGCAUCAAACAGCAUCUUUGACUCCUUCUCCAACUACAGCAGCAGUCUACUCAGAGAGCCGCCCACCACCAGACGGUUCACGCCGCCCUCCACGUCCUUCCCCUGCAGUAAGCUUGGAGACGGCAACGGGGCCAUGGCCACCCCGGGGCCCCUCAGGUCGAGAACGGACUCUCGGAACGUGGUGGACGUCCUGGCGGACCACGCUGGCGAGCUGGUCCGGACCGACAGCCCCAACUUCCUCUGUUCCGUCCUCCCGUCUCACUGGAGGUGCAACAAGACGCUCCCCGUGGCUUUCAAGGUCGUGGCUCUCGGUGAUGUCCCCGACGGGACUCUGGUCACUGUGAUGGCCGGCAACGACGAGAAUUACUCGGCCGAGCUGAGGAACGCCUCUGCCGUGAUGAAGAACCAGGUGGCUCGCUUUAACGAUCUGCGCUUCGUGGGCAGGAGCGGGCGAGGAAAGAGCUUCACUCUGACCAUCACCGUGUUCACCGGACCGCCACAAGUGGCAACCUACCACCGCGCCAUCAAAGUCACCGUGGAUGGACCCCGAGAACCGCGCAGGCACAGAGUGAAGAUAGAAGACAACCAGAAGAUGCAGUUCUCGGACAGGCUGUCAGAGAUCGAGCGCUACCAGCGGUCUAUGCGGAUAGGCCCAGUGAACAAUAAUCCCCGCCCCAUCCACCAAACCCACCUAAGCACCACACAAGCCCUGUGGCAGGAGCAGAUGGACACCACCACACUGAAGACAUGCAAGGUAGAAGAGGACCUGAGACCAUGGCCAGGGACCCCAGAUCUGUUCAACCAGAGGACCAGCUUUCCGUCUCUGUCGCCGCUGACUGACCCUCGCUUCUCAGACCCCCGCAUGCACUACCCUGGGGCCUUCCCCUACUCCACCAACACCUCCAGCACUGGCAUCAGCGGCCUCAGCAUGUCCGCCUCUUCUAGAUACCACACCUACCUGCCGCCACCCUACUCAAACAACCAAAGCCAGAACUUCCAGUCCAACUCCUACCUGUAUUAUGGCACAGGCUCUGGAUCCUACCAGUUCUCCAUGGUGGCGCCGGGGAACACCGGGGGUGAGCGCUCCCCCACCCGCCUGCUGUCCUGCUCGGGGGCCACAGGCACCGGCGGGACCAACAGCCUGAUGAACCCGGGUCUGAACAACCAGAGCGAGGGCGUGGAAGCCGAUGGCAGCCACAGCAACUCCCCCACUGCCAUGAGCGCCUCAGGCCGUUUGGACGAGUCCGUCUGGAGGCCUUACUGACUGUCAGACAGCUAGACAAUCAGAAGCUGCAGAAGAAGUGUGGGAGGAAAAGUAAGGAGGAUGAUGAACAAAAAAAGAACACUGAAAGAAAAAAAGAAGAAAAAAAAGAGAAAUGCUGCAUGUUUGUCUUUAAUUUCUCCAGCACUCGCUUUAAAGGCUUUCUCUGUUUUACCAACUCUUUCAAGACUGACAUGUAUUUAGUACAUUUUGAGUAAACUCCUGCACUGUGCUAAAUCAUGUACUCUUAAAAGGACUAUAAAAGCCAUAGAUGUUGAGGUGUUCAGCUGAAGCUGUAAAUAGACGUGAGGGUAAAACCAGGGAAGCCACAGUAAUGUUUCAGGAUCAUUUGCCAGAUACUUGUGAAAACACAAAAGAACAAAAGACAAUGGAGGUAUCAAUCAUUACAGCGGAUAAACUGAAAAAAACAGAAAGACAAUCAUAAAACAGACUGUUUGGACUGAUCCAACUCAUUUGGUCGGCGAAGACCAGCAGUUGGACUGGCUGUUUGCUUCUCGAGUGACUUCGACAUCCUUCCAAGCAUGGCUGCACUGCUGUAGCAAUCGGCCCUUUUAAGCUUUAAAUUUCUGUAAAAGUUUAAUAUAGCGAACACAUUGUGUCAUUUGGAUCCAGGGCUGUUACAUGUACUUAUGCAGUACCUUAUUGCCUAAUUUAUUAUCCAAAUGGAGACAGCCUUUGGUGCUACGGUAUGUGUUGGAUGUCUUCAACGCAUUCGCUGCAUCUUAAAAAGAAUGGCUUUUUUUUCUGUCAGAACUCACAUGUUUAAGAUGUGAAUUCUCUUCUGCUAUGUCAUCAGUGUAUUGAGUUUCAUCAGAACAAUGGCUGAUAUUUUGAGGAAUGUAAAAGACUAAUACAGAGGGGUGUUUAUUGGUUUCCUUUUUUCUGCAGGAAUAUUUAAAUCCUGCUGGCGCCUACUUUACAUUUUCCUUACAUUUCUUAUCCAAGCCCUUUUAAUGGAAGAAAAAGACCCCUCCUAUUCUAGUAUUUUACAACUGGAUGACACGGUUUACUUUUAAUAUUUAUUUGAGCCAAAUUGUGAGGAAAUGUCCGCAUAUACCCCAAAUCCUUAAGCAUUUCUCUCUUGCUUUCCUUUUUUAUAUAUACACACACACACACACACACAGUAUAUUUGCCUUAUUUUGUUGUUAAGUAUAAAUUUGGAAUUUGUGUAAUAUAUUGCAACUAAAUUAUAUUAAAAAAAAACUUUAAUGUAAUUAUUUUGUCUUCCAAUGAAGCUUUGAUGCACUAAAAACCUUUAUUCCUAUGAACCACGCCCAAAAAUUCUGUUAGUGAGAUGGUGUAUCUAGAGCCGUAAUCCUCUAAACAAUUUCCAAAUUGCCUUCCUGCGCUAAAUAAGCCAUUCGCUUAAUUUUUGCACUAUGUUUGAAUUUACUUCUUUUUUUUUUGUUUGGUUAUGUAUUUACAAAUAUCUGAAACUCUGCCUAACUAAUUAUUAAUUAUUCCUUCAAAUGUAUUUGCUAAAAACACUUAAAGUGUCCUUUUAAAGAAAUCAUUUGCAAAGUUAUUAAUGAUGUCAUGAUUAGACACACACACACACACACACACACACACGUGCACAUUCCCCUUGUCAAGAGGGCUUUUCCCCAGCAGUUACACAUGUGAGCCCGAGAGUGUGAGGAUGAAGGGAUAGAAGGAGGAGGUUGGGUCAGAGUAGAGUGGUAUCUUCUUACCAACACCAAGGGCAGUUAUGCAAAAAAAAAAAAACCUUCCCUUGUUGUGCACAGGUCCCUUUGUUCUGUAUAUUCAGCGAGUGCUUUGAAGCCUUUAUGGCCCAGAUUCUGUCUUUUUUUUGGUCUAAUUUACUGAUCAUUGGUGCCAGGGGCUCAUGGCUCUGCCAAUAAUUCAUACGCCUGCACAGAUCUGGGUAGGAGUGGUGUAAAGACAUUUACAGCUGGUAUCAGGUGACUGAUAUCUAGUA